UUCUGCUCUCUCCCGCGCAGGUUUAGGACCCCCUCACCCCACCAUGCAUUACCCCGGUGAACGCUGCCCGUCCCUGUUCCUGCCCGGCCCCAAAUUCAUCACCGAGACCCUCCCGCAGCUCCCGCCGGGCCCCAAAUUCAUCACCGAGACCCUCCCGCAGCUCCCCAAAUUCAUCACGGAGACCCUCCCGCAACUCCCGCAGCUCCCCAAAUUCAUCACGGAGACCCUCCCGCCGCAGCCCGAGGUUUUCACCAACACCUGCCACCCCCUGAGCAUCACCAAGGGCCCGGUGCCACCGCGCUGGCAGAGCUGUCCCCAAGCCCCGGCCCGCGCGUGUCCCCAAGGCCCCCCCGGUGGCACCGCGGUGUCGCUGCUGCCGUGCCGGCCGCUGGUGCAGAAAUGCCUGCUGCUCUACCCKGAGCCCUGCGACACCACGCGGCUGCUGCCCCGCCGGGAGGUGGCCCCGAGGGCCACUCAGACCCUGCCGGUCCCGGAGAGCCCCCGCGGCGACAAAAAACGCGUGKCCCGGAGCCUCCCGCCGUGCGCGCCGCGCUGCCCCAAACCGGGCAAGCUGCGCUUCCCCCCGUGCGGCAUCAGAUCCUCGGCGUCCUGCCGGGGCGAGUGCCGCUCGCACAGGGUGGCCAAAUGCCCGUCUCGCUGCCCGGAGCUGAUCAGCGGCUACUCCCUGCCCCUCGGAGGGGUCACCGAGUGUCCCCCUCAGCCGAGCCUCGGCCACUCGUCCUUCCUGCGCGAGUUGCUGGCGCAGCACCGCUGCUGCAAGGGUUACCCGACCCAGGAAUGCAUCACCUCGUACCGCUCCGAGCAGCUCCUGAGCAGCUCCGCCCGCUGCGAUGGCCCCGCCAAAGCCGCCCCCGAGCGCCGCCCGCUCAAGGAGGUGGCCAAGAUGCCCGCGGAGGUGGCCAAAACCAAGGGCUCCUCCUCGGCGCAGCACCUGAGCAAAACCCGCUGUCCCCACGUCCGAGUGACCCCGCGCUCCUCGCACCUGAGCGCGGCCAAGCGCUCCGGCCACUCCAAGAAAAGCCGCUGCGCUUCCAAGUGGCUCUGGUGAAGGAGGAGCGGGAGAUUUCGGGAAUCCGGCGGGAGAUGGAGCCGAGAGUUGCGGUGAUUCCCGGCUCCCAUCCCGUUCCUGCCCCCCAAGUGCAUUUUUUCCCCUUAUUGUGCCCCGUAAAGUGAAUUCGCCGUUUUAUUUCGCCCCCGAUUCGGAUUUUCCAGCGCCUGGAAGGUGUUGGGGAGAGGCUGAGGGGCUCUGAACCCCUCGGAACCUCAAACCGGCACCUUUGGGACAACGUCUGCGCCCGGUUUUUACCGCUGUGGGAUCAGUCCCGCUCCGGUUGUACCAUUCCCAUUAAACUCCGGUUUGCAGAUGGA